AUGCAAGGUCUUGGAUAUGGCAGCAGCCGCAAAAGCAGCAGGCAAAGCCGCAGCCGGAGCAACAAGCGUCAAAAGACAGCUGGAGAUCUAAAUCAGCCUCUGUCUGUCAGCAGCUGCACGGACACAUACACCUCGGACUCGGAUGACUCGGACUACUCGUACUCCGAAGUCUCAGAGCCCAAAAAGGCUGGGGCAGGUCCUCGUCUGGAAAAGGAUGAGGUGCAGCAUUUCGAGUGGCGUGUGGGUUUGCAAAUGAACGCCCGCUACGUCGUGAGCAAAUUCCUCGGUGAUGGUACAUUCGGCCGCGUGCUGCAAGCAAAGGAUUGCAAGCGAAAUCGACAAGUAGCCAUCAAGAUCAUCCGAAACGUGGCAAAAUACACACGUAAUGCGAUGCGCGAAGCAGAGAUCCUGCAGGACAUACGGGCAGCAGACCCGAAGCAAUCCCACGGCUGUGUCCGCCUGCAUGAGACUUUCUUCCACGAAGCUGAUGGAGAGAGAUUGUUCUGUUUGGUGUGCGAGGCCUUGGGCAUGUCAUUGUAUGAUCUAUUGAAGCAAAAUCAGUACCGUGGACUUUGGGUGCAGGACAUACAAAGCAUUUCCAGACAGUGCUUGGAAGCUCUGCGAUUUCUGCAUGCUGAUCUCAACCUCACGCAUACCGACUUGAAGCUCGAAAACGUGCUUCUACGCUCAUCAGAAGCUCCGUUGCCAUCAAAGUUUCCUCGCGAGGAGUUUUGGCAAUCGCAGUCCUCGUCGUCAUCGUCACGGCGAUCUGGAAGUGGGUACGUCCGUCCGCAGUCCACGGAGAUCACUCUUAUUGAUUUCGGAAACGCGACUUACGAGCUCGAACACCAUUCCUCCAUCAUUAACACCAGGCAGUAUCGAGCACCAGAGGUAAUCCUAUCACUGGGUUGGAAUGAGGUGUCUGAUUUGUGGUCUAUUGGAUGUAUUGUUUCAGAGCUCUACACUGGCGAGCUUUUGUUUCGCACGCACGAGAGCUUGGAGCAUCUGGCGUUGAUGCAGCGGGCUUUGGAGAGGUUUCCCCAGACCCUGCUUGCGAAAGCAGGGGGGAAUCACAACGAUCGGUUCGUUGUCAAGGACCCUCCUUCGACCUGGCGACUUCGCUGGCCGGAGGGAGCACCUUCAGAAGCAUCGAGCAACAAGGUCCGGCAACAAAGGCCUUUGCAUCAGAUGGUGCAGAAGCAGCAUAGGUCGCUGGCAGAUUUCACUGCGUCACUCCUGAUCCUGGAUCCAUCGAAGCGCCCUUCAGCCAAGCAUGCUUUGGACCAUGCAUUCCUCGCAGAGAGGUUUACCGAUUGA